AUGGCGCUCCGCGAUCCCCAAUCUCCGUCUCCCUCCCUCAAGACAGCUCUCCUUCUCCUGAUCGCUUCUUUCUUCCCUUUCUCUUCCCUCGCCAUCUCUCCGAUUCCUCCAAGCACCGACACCCUCGUUUCCCCGUCCAUCAAUCCAGCCGGCGCAUACGAUCCCGACCGCUCGGGGGUUUCCACUGACUACUCCUGCAAGAAUCCGAACGGAACCUGGUCCCUUGUCACCAUCAGUUCCGGGGUCAGCGGAAUCCACUGGGCGAUUAACCCGGUCGUUAACACGCUGGUAUUGAUCGACCGAUCUGACCGUGACGACAGCUACGUCAAAGACCGGAACGGCAACCAGGCGUCCGCGUCAAUGCUGGAUCUUGCUAACGUCACCGCGGGCCCACGUGGGCUGGACAUCAUAGACAACGCGUUCUGCUCCGCGGGGCAGUUCUGGCCCAACGGAACGCUGGUCAACACCGGCGGAUUCAACACGGCGGACGGAAACGCCGCCGCGUUUUCCGGGGUGCGGUUCCUGGACCCGUGCCCAGGGAACGGAGACUGCGACUUCUACAACUAUCCGGGUGUCACUCUGCUGGCCAAGCGCUGGUACCCGUCCGCGCACUUGAUGCCGGACGGCGUCCGAAUCGUCGUCAUCGGCGGCGCUCCCUCCUCCCCGACGUACGAAAUCGUUCCGCGGACGGCCCCCGCGGACGCGCAGCUGCGGACGCUCCCCGUCCUGGUGCGCGCGUACCCCGCGCCGCUGUACCCGUUCCUGCAUCUACUGCCCAACGGCUACUUUUUCGUGAUGGCAAACUAUUACGCCGUGCUUUACAACUUCGACACCGGGGACGAGAUCCUGCUGCCGGACAUGCCGGGAAACAUCACGCGGUCGUAUCCGUACACUGGCACGUCGGUACUUCUACCUAUGUCGCUCGAGAACAAUUACACCGCCGAGAUCCUGGUUUGCGGGGGCAGCAAGUUUAACCCUAACCCGGGCCGCGACCUGCCCGCGGACGACUCCUGCGGACGUAUCCGUCCGCUGGACCCUAACCCAAAGUGGGUUAUGGAAACCAUGCCGGACGCACGGAUCGUCCCGGACGGGAUCAUCACGGCAAACGGACAGAUCAUGAUCAUCAACGGCGGCCGGAAAGGCCGCGCCGGGCUCAACACCGGCCCCUCCAACAUUCACGAUCCGGUCUUCACACCCGCCCUGUACCACCCGGGGGCUCCCCCCGCGGCCCGGUGGAAAAACCUCGCCCCGGAAAGGCUUGCGCGCCUCUACCACGGGCUCGCGAUACUGGGCCCUGACAGCUGUCUUCUCACGGGCGGCAGCAACCCGUACGACUGCUGCGUGGGGUGUGGGCCCCAGUGCUUCGGCGCGAAUUGCACUGGCGCCGACGAUCUCUGCUACCCAAACGAGUUCACCAUCAACAAGUUUUGCCCGCCGUACGUCUCGAGCGCGAUCCCGCAGCCGCGCAUCGUAGCCGCGCCCGCGACGAUCGGCUACGGGCUGACGUUCGUGCUGACGUUGACGAUCCGGACGAACCUGACGGUGCCCGCGGUCCGGGCGGCCAUCAUGAACCCCGGGUUCGGAACCCACUCGCAGCACAUGGGCCAGCGCUUCGUCUGGCUCGAAGUCGACUACACGACGCUCAACUAUACUUCCGCCACCGGGGGGGUCACAGUCGCAGUGAGAGGACCCCCCGGGAAUACAAUCGCGCCCCCCGGUUACUAUUACCUGUUCUGCCACGACAGCAACAUCCCGUCAAACGCCACGUGGGUGCAGGUCAUGUAG